CAAACGCGUGGAGAUGAACUUUCGGGGAUGAGGAGGGAGAAGCGGAUCAGGACCGGCCAGAGUGUCCGUACCCACGAGGAGUGAGCGACUCCGAAAAGCCUCGAAUCAUGGCCGAGAUUCCGCCCUACCCCCUCUACAACCGGACCUACCUCCUAUGUCGCGUCUCCCCUCUACACACCGGCGGCGCGUCGCUCUUCGACGAUCAGGUUUUGCGGUCGCAUGCGCAACGAUUGAAGAGUCAGCUCAAAGGUGAUAACAUUCGCGGCGUCGAGGUAGAUUAUGGGGGUUCGGAGAACGCGUUGGGCAAACUGGGUCCUCUCGAGGAGUGCACAUGGCAGACCAUUGGAGACGAGGACGACUGGAUCACCCGCCAUAGACAUCUCGUAGACCCCGAUGCUUCACAGCUAUCUGCAGGCACUCCAGCCGAACAGGCUCGUGGGAUUCAAGUCACGCUGGAAUACGAGAAGACGGCAUACAACGCGUUGCUACUCCGGGACCCAUCAACCACAACAUCUCCAGAAGGCUUCACUUCGCUCCCAUUGCUCAUGCUCAAAAUGCCCGCGCCUAUCCGCACCAUCUUCAUCCACUACCUCUCGACCGCCUUCGACGCACACGUCUCUACACUGCGCCUCCCUUCCACCGUCCUCAUAUCAACACUCGAGUCGUACUUCCGACGCCUUUCAGCGCCCAACUCUACCCAGACCAUCCCCGACGUGAUCCGCCAGCUCCAGAUUCAGCUAUCAUUCCCCACGACGACCACCCUCCUCAAACACAUCGACAUCACCCUCUCCGCAGCAGACGUACCCCUCUUCGUGAAGCGCGGGAAAUCCCUGCGCCCGACGACAGACACGCCCUUCACAUCAGCCCUAUCUCUCUACCUGCAGACUCACCUCGCUCUCACAUUAUCACACCCCGAUGUACACAUCACGAAAAUCACCUGCGCACCCAUAACACUGAGCACCGACCGGGUCAAGAUUUCCGUCCCCGAAGUCUUAGAUGUAUCCAUGUCGGAAGGCGAUGCGGAUGCACCAGAGCAAAGUCCAGCCCAACUCGCUCUGCAGGAUCUCUACGAAGCACUCGUUCGAGAGGCCGCUGGCACGGGAAAAUUCCUAGAUUCCUCGUCGUCGCCGCACCGGGACGAAGUCGCUUCACCACCAACACCGUUCUCCUCGGACAGCAAUCCGGGCAAACGGGCCGCAAACAGGAAACGUGCGGUCAGUACUACAUCGACUGCGAAUGUUUCGCAACCAAAAAGGAAUAGAUCGAGAGCAGGAAUUGGAUCAGGAGCGGUCGGCGACGUGGAGAUGCGCGAUACAUGAGUAUGUUGCCGCUCUCCGAGCCCUUUACGCCAUGCCAGAUACCCGCAAGUUUGCAUUAUUUCGUCCUUGAUUUUCUUUUAGCAGAGUUUGUAUUACGGGCAGAUUAUGAGCUGGAGCACACCAUGUUUGGGCCGGACGAUGCAACACGGUCAUGAAUACUUGUAGAUACCCAUGCGUUAGGACUCGCAUAACUUCAAAAAUCGAUGGUUCAGAAA